CGAUUCUGGAAGCGACCAGGAAGGACAAGCGCAUGGUGGGACAAUUUUAUCAAUGGCACAAUGAUCGAAGAAGAAUGGAGAGAGAAUUUUAGAAUGUCUAAAACAGACUACGUUAACUCAUCCUUCUUGUGUGGAAAAUCUUUGCCAACAGCAGCAGCAUCUUCUGGCGAGGGAUAAUGAUCACUAUAAGCUUCGAGAAUUAAUCUCGCCAUACUUGUCAUCACAAGAUUCCCAGUCGAUGCUUUUGGCGAUUUGCUUCGUUUUGUAUUC